AUGGACCAUCAAGACUUCAAUCAUUUUCCAUCGACUUAUGAGCGAGAUGAUAAAUCAAAUGGGAAUGGAGCUCAAGACACAGAUUUCUGCCCCCGGCUAUCAGAUUCUACAAAUUUUCCAACUCCAACCAAAUUUUGUGGCAACUUUGAUAACACUAUGGAUUAUACUCACUUGUUGUCGCCAAGAUUCAUAAAAGGCGAGGAGAUGGAACGCAUCCGAAACCGAAAUGAGUCGAAAACUUAUGAAACAGGAGAAGAAGGCGAAUUGGCUGGUUAUGAUAAUCAAUUGAAGCCAAUAAAGCUUAUAACACCAAAAAAAUUCUAUUCGUUGCAGAAUAAUCGAUUUUCACCAUUGAAGUUAGAUGAAAGACACGCAAAGAAGGUAAUUUUUUCCAACAUGAAAUUGUAUUUGUUAUUGGGAAAUGUCCUAUUAUGUUUCAAAACAAUUCAAUUUUUUCAGACUUUGCGCGUAUCCUCAGCUUCUCGUCAAUUAACUCAAAAAAUGAGUGUAAUGUCAAUUAAUGAUGAAUUGAAAACUGCUGGCGGUGCUGAAAAGUCGACUUUGGAAAAUGUUCAAAAACUCAAUGGGUUGGUGGAGAUGUUUUUUUCGUGAUUUUCAUAAAAACUUUUUUAUUUUUCAGAGAGUUCAAGAUCUUGAAAAUCACCGAUUCCAAUUAUGAUGUCCAAAAUCAAGAUUCAUCAACUCCAACUGCAAACGCGGCAAAUUUGACGGUGAAUAACGGAGAGAUUGCGGAUGUUGUUGGCUCACUUCUGAACGAAUUUUGA